AUGCCGGAACCUUCUGUAUCAAAGCAAGCGCAGGGACUGUCGGAACCCAAGGUUCGUGGUGCUAAUCGCUCGACAAAAGUAGCUGGAAAGCUUAAAGUAUUGCCGGAACAACCUGAACCUAUCGUUGCCGAUGAGACGGUAUCGCCCAAGGCGGAGGAGAGCGUUGGAACCCCGGGGGAUAGUGAUGAAGGCGAUAUCGAGUCAGAUACGAGUGAUACGGGUGAAGUAGAGGUGUACAACCAAAUAUCUCUCAUUCCUGCAGGUACUGCACGGCGGGAUGCCCUGCGACUGACGAAGAAGAAAGCUAAAUCGCUUCCGCGAGUCACCGCUUAUGCGACGGCAAACUCUUACCGCAUGGAAGACCUUAUGAAAUUUUUAAACGCUCGCAAAGCCGCCUACCAUACGGACGCAAAGCUGAUUGAUGAAGUUAUUUACACACCUUAUCUGUACCAGCCGGCACAAUCUACCGAUACCCGACAGUCCACAGUUAGGGCUCAGGCGCUUCCUGAAAGUGAUCUUCUUGGUAUACCCGAGUUGCGGCCAGACGAUGAACAGCCCACAAAACCGAAGAAAAGAAAGUUUGACGCGACGUCCGCGGAGGCUGAGAUUUUCCUCUUCGAGUAUGGUACAGUAGUUAUUUGGGGUAUGACAGAAGCUCAAGAAAAACGUUUCUUGUCUUCACUGAAACGGUUUGAGAUCGAGAAACUAGCACCGGAAGAUGUUGAAAUGGAGGACCUCAAUUAUUAUUACGCCAACUACAAAUCUAUAAUGAUGACGAAGCUAUCCCUCUCCCAUGCGUUAUCCCAGAGCGUCAAAUGUUCUCUUUUUGAAGCGCUGAUUAGCAAUACUAUUGAAGAUACAAAGGACAUUCCCGAAAUCAUCAGCGAGACGGGAAAGAUUGGAAUGCCUCAUAAGGAAAUCAUGCAGAAUAUUGGUCAGCUGUUUCUACUGCGCACUAACAUCAACUCUGUGGGUUCCGUUUUGGAUUCUCCGGAAGUAUUCUGGAGCUUUCCCGAUCUACAGCCACUGUAUGAUGCCGCCAGAAGUUACCUGGAGAUACCACAGCGUGUUAUUUUAUUGAAUUCCCGGGUCGAGGUGCUCCAAGACAUGCUCCAGCUACUUAAGGAGUCCGUAUCAAGUCGACAUGCUGAACGUCUUGAACAAGUUGUCAUCGUUUUAAUUGCCAUUGAAAUAGUCCUUGGCAUUGUGACGAUCCUCGUGGAUUUGAUCCUGUGAUUGGGCCAGGGUCAUACCUAGCUGCCCUACUUGGGUUUCCCCACAGCCGUGUCUCUCGGUUUUGCGCAGUGGUCACACCCCUAACGAAGUCUUCUAUGAGCAUAUGGUAUUACUCCGACGAGUGUCAUACCCAACGACACGUCCAAGGGAUUUGCGAAUAAUUUUUACGGUAUUCAUAUUUUCACAUGUUUGAAUUUAAGUGUAUUACAAAAUGGAAACUUACAUGGUAUUCUAUGAAUAAUUUAUAGCUACAAUUCAAUCGACACGCACCCUGUGCACAGCACUAUUGCCGCGCGCUUCGAGCCGGAUCUCGCUCCCUAGGCGGCCUAGCGUGCGAGGCAGAACCC